AUGCAGAGGUCACCGAAGAUCAGGAAAAGAACUUCCUGCCCUGGAGAAAUGCCAGGAUGUUGGAGAGCAGUCAAUGAAGGCCUGUUCUCAGUAAGUGCUGCGCCCACAGGGGGAACGUCCUGUGCUUUUUUAUCCAACCUAAAGACAGAGUCAGAGUCAGACUGGAUCUCUUCUGCUUUCUUCAUCUCUGUAUGCACUAAAACUUAAAAAAAAGACUGAACACUUAAAUCCUGUUGAUCCAAGUCCAGUUAAGAGCAUGAUAUCCAGACAGUUUCAUGGAUUGUAUGUUCUUGCUCAAGUCGUCAAAAUCCUGCGACUUUUAACCUGAAAAAUAAUGACCUAAAAAUUAAAAUAUUAGCUAAAAGUGUCAGAUAAUGCUACCUGUUUUCCAGACAUAGUUCAAAACACCUUUCAAACAUCAGUCCCUGUUGUGGACGCCCUGAAUUAAAGGGUUAAUGUGCGUUUUUUUCCCCCUCCUCCACCUGCUCAUAAAUUGCUGAGUCAGCACUCUGCGUCUGAAUGACUUGCAUUGAUUGACUGAUUGCGUGCAGCGUCACUGAGACAUGACUCACCUCGUUUCCCCCCUCACAUCUCCCUGCACCUCCCCCCCGGGAGCUCUCGCAGCCUCAUCUGGAGGCCGCAUGUCCGUUAACGAUCCCGUCAAUAAAUCGAAGUUGCAAAUGAGGGGAGAGGAUGCUCGCGCUCAUUCAUCACGGGCAUCAGUUAAAUAAGCUGACAUAUGGCUGUGGGGGAGGAAAAUGGUAAUCUCCCGUCUUUGUAGAAAGAUUAGUAGGAUGAUCAAGGGGGAUCGAGCCGAGUCUGUUUCUAAUGUGGCUUCAAUGAUUAGCUGGUGACCAGCAGGACCAGAGAGCCGCAUAUGGUUUUCCUCAUCAGACAAAACAGGCAGGAUGGAGCGACCAGAGUCUCUUAUUCUUGUUUGUAUCUGAAUGUCAUUACUCAGUAACAUCUUAGUGUGGUGGUGGGCGUGGCCUAAUCACUUAUAAGAAAGCGUAGAGGGGCAUCCUCUCAAAUUCAAUUGUGCUUUUUGCAGGUACUGAUCAGUGAUGAUUUAAAAGAAGUGUUACAUCAAUUAGGCUUUGAUAGUAAAUUGCUGCAAAAUUCAGAAUGUGUAACGUGUUGCAUCCAAAAGUUCUGCUACUUCAUCCAUUUGGCCUUUACAGUAAAUUGCUGUAAAAUUCAAAGCAUGUUGUGUUGCAUCCAAGAAUAGUGCUAUACAUGAAUUUGGCUUUAACAGUAAUUUGCUGUAAAAUUUAAAAUGUGUGUUAUGAUUCAUCCAAACAUCAUGCAGCUAUGUCGAUUUGGCUUUGACAGUAAAUUGCUGUAACAUUCAAAACGUGUGAUUUUCUGCAUCCAAACAUAGGGCUACUACAUCGAUUUGGCUUUGACAGUAAAAUGCUAUAAAAAUUCAAAACAUGUCACUCAAAGCAUCUAAACGUAGUGCUAUACAUGGAUUUCGCGUUGACAGUAAAUUGCUGUAAAUUCAAAAUGUGUGAUUUUUGCAUCCAAAAGUUCUGCUACUUCAUCCAUUUGGCCCUUACAGUAAAAUGCUGUAAAAUUUAAAAAGUGUAAUUUGUUGCAUUGAAAAGUAGUGCCACAUCAAUUUGGCUUUGACAGUAAAUUGCUGUAAAAUUCAAAAUGUGUGAAUUGUUGCAUCCAAACGUGGUGCUACUACAUCGACUUGCCUUUGACGGUAAAUUACUGUGAAAUUCAAAAUGAAGAGAACACUGACACUGACAAUCGGGUUUGGGGUCUGUUGAGUCUGUUGAGUCUGUUGUUCUUGUGCUCAUUCUCUGGCUGGUUUCGUAACAAAAAAGUGCAGCCAAACAAAAUUUCAUGAUAAAAAAACACAAACAAAGGAAAAAACUCAUCAAUCUUCAGGAAGUCUGAACACUGUCACCCAUGAAGAGACACAAAAGGCUCAAAACUACCCUGCAUUCAAAGACAGAUUUACACUGUUAACACAUUUGACUCCAAACUGAAUAAUCCUGCUGUGUCCUUAAUGUUUUCUCCUCGUGACUGAAAACAGAGACUCUUAAUUGAGUUGCAGAAUCCAAAAUAUUCUGUUUCCACCCCACCAGAAGUCCUCAACAGGAAGCGCUGUCUGCCAAAUAGACGGGCCUGUUCCCGGAGCUCCAGAGGGAGUAAAAGCCCUCAGAGCUGAGGCUGCUCCUCGCUCACAUGGAUAA